AUGACGCACGAAUCGAAAUACUGGAGGGAGCCAACUAUCCUCAUAGCAUCCCUCGUCAUAACAUUGCUUGUCUUUGUCGCACGAAUGGUGGCGAGAUGUGGUAUCGCAAAGAACGCUGGCUUGGACGACGUACUCGUGAGCAUAGGGAUGCUACCAUUGAUCGGGCUGAGCAUAUUGACAAUACUUGGUGGGACUAGCGACUCUUCGUCGUGGCAAUGGCUAAUUUACAGUCAAGGCAUAGGCGGCUAUGGUAGCCAGUUCGGCCCAAAUGAUUUUACUCCUCAUAUCAUGCAGGAGGUGGCAAAGAUCAAAUUCGCUAUCAUCAUCAAUUAUGUAGCAGCUUCUGCGAUGAUCAAACUGUCCAUCCUCUGCUUCUACCGACGAUUUAGCGGACCUCUUACGUACAUCUGGUCUUACUCUGACACUCUUUCUGCGGCCGAUGCAAACCUCCUUAAUUGCUGGUCCUUAGGCUGGUUCUGGACGGCGAUUGAAGACCAGCUGGGUGUUUUCUGGGCUUCUGCACCAGCCAUGAAGAUUUUCUUCAAUCACUAUUUCGAGACGUAUACCCCGUGCACCAUCGGCAGCUUCGAGAUCUUUCAACGGGUAAAGAUGCGCUUUCUGGACUCGACACAACCAAGGCCAUCGGUGCAACAGAAUGAGGAAAUCGCUGCUCGCUAA